AGUACAAAAUGUGAAAGUUUAGUUAAAGGGAAAAUUAUUAUCUAGUGGGACAGAAAGAAAAAAAAAUUACAAAAAUCUAAAGAGCUGCAACAAAUUUUCACUGCACUCUAUCAUAGAAUUACUUACACCCUGCGUGUUUAUAAUACAUUUUUUUUUACUUUUCACUAGACAGUAAUUUCUCGCAAGUUAAAUAACCCAAAUUAACCAAAAAAACAAACAACGCCUUAGAACCAAAAACACAAAACUCCUGUUUCCUCUCCCACCCGCGAAAGUUUCGUUUGUUAUUUUUAAUUUUCCUGCGAAACAAACAAAGCAAAAGAAAACGAAAACGAAAACGAAAACGAAAACUAUUUUGUCGAUCGUUCAGAUCUCUGGUUUUUGUACCAUUUUGGUGAUCUGGUUCUGACUCAUGGCCAUCCCUCACGAUUCUAACCCUUUCGCUGAUGAGGAAGUGAACCCAUUCGCUAAUCCAGGAGUUCCCCCUGUUGCAGCCUCAAAGCUUUCACCGCUUCCUCCUGAACCUGUUGACUAUGAUCGUGGUGCUACAGUCAAUAUCCCUCUUGAUAAUGGAAAGGAUUUCAGAACGAAGGAGAAAGAACUCCAAGCAAAGGAGGCUGAAUUGAGGAGGAGGGAGCAGGAAUUGAAAAGGAAGGAGGAUGCUAUGGCACGAGCUGGAAUUGUUAUAGAGGAGAAUAAUUGGCCACCGUUCUUUCCAAUCAUUCAUCAUGAUAUUGGGAAUGAAAUUCCAAUCCAUUUACAGAAGUUGCAGUAUGUUGCAUUGACAACAUUGUUGGGUUUGGUCGUGUGCCUUCUAUGGAAUAUCAUAGCAGUUACCGUAGCCUGGAUCAAUGGAGAAGGUCCGACAAUUUGGUUUCUUGCUAUUAUCUACUUCAUAACAGGGGUUCCAGGGGCCUAUGUGUUGUGGUAUCGUCCUCUUUAUCGUGCUAUGAGGACUGAUAGUGCAUUGAAGUUUGGGUGGUUUUUCUUGAGUUACGUGUUCCAUAUUGCCUUCUGCGUCUUCGCUGCAAUUGCUCCUCCAAUGAUUUUCAGGGGGAAAUCUCUCACGGGAAUCUUGCCAGCAAUAGAUGUCAUGGGUGAUCAUACUGUGGUUGGGAUUUUCUACUUUAUUGGAUUUGCAUUUUUCUCCAUCGAGUCACUGAUCAGCAUCUGGGUUAUCCAGGAUGUUUACAUGUACUUUCGUGGCAGUGGCAAAGCAGCAGAGAUGAAGCGUGAGGCUGCAAAACGGACAAUGAUGGCUGCACUGCCAUGAUUCAGAAAGAUUCUUUGGUUUGAUAAUGCUGAGAAAAAUCAAAACCAUUCACUAUUUUUUUGCACUUGUGCCUAGUCUAGUAUUUAUUUUGUUCAUAUAAUUUUCUUAAAAUAUGUAUGUAAAAGACAGAUUCUGACAAACAAGUUUAAGUUAGGACAUGUCAGUUUUUUGAUAGUCAUUGUCGCCAGCUACUUUGAGGCCAGGCUUGACACAUUGUUCUUGAGAUCCUAUUCUAUAUUGCCAUGAAAUGGUUGUUCAA